CGCAUGGACGGAGCUCAAUAUUAAUCGAGCCCGGACGCACGCGCGGUCCAUCGUGAAAUUCGACGACGACGACGACGACGACGAUAACAGACGUUAUCAUCAGAAGACAUAAAACCCCGUAAACGAACGGUCGUGUACUGAAACGAUAGUAAAUAAUAAUAUUUUGUACCACGUGGUGUCCACGUCCAGUGAAUCGGGAUAGCUGCAAGACCCGGCGACUACCACACCCUCUGCAAGACCUCGGCGUCUCGGCCGGCCCAAGACAAUAUCGUCUCCCCAUAGAUCGUGAUCUAUAUGCGCCGGAUCGACGGACGACGACGUAAUGAUGAAGUUGCGAGAAACCCUGUACCGAGUGAUGUUCAGGCGGAAAAACGAAGAUGACAUAGAAGACGAUCAACAGAAAAAAUUGGCCAGGGUCCUCAAUCUGGUGGACCUGACGGCACUUGGAGUUGGAUCAACGUUGGGGGUGGGCGUCUACGUGCUUGCCGGAAACGUUGCCAGAAUAGAAGCAGGGCCGGCCGUCGUUCUGUCAUUCAUUUUGGCUGCCUUUGCGUCUGCUCUCGCAGGCCUGUGUUACGCAGAAUUCGCAGCGAGAGUGCCAAGAGCCGGGUCGGCCUACGUUUACAGUUACGUCGGCGUGGGCGAAUUCGUCGCGUUUGUAAUCGGAUGGAAUCUGAUACUCGAAUACGUCAUAGGUACUGCAAGUGUCGCCAAAGCUUUCAGUAAUUACAUUGACGCUUUGUUGGACUAUCCCGUGAAAACCACGAUGACCUAUCUCUUCCCAAUGAACGUCAGUUUUUUGGCCGACUACCCAGAUGUCUUGUCAUUCAGCCUCGUGCUACUAUUGUCGAUUAUACUGUCAUGGGGAGUCCGCGAAUCUACAAUGAUCAACAACGUGUUUACAGUCGUCAAUUUGUUGACCGUGGUCACGGUAAUUUUAUCCGGAUUAUUUAAAGUUAAUUCGUACAAUUGGAGUAUACCGAAACAAGACAUACCGAAGGGCGCAAAAGGCGGCGAAGGCGGUUUUAUGCCUUUCGGGUGGGCCGGAGUGACCGCGGGGGCUGCCAAAUGUUUUUACGGGUUCAUCGGUUUCGACUCCGUAGCUACUACGGGAGAAGAAGCGAAGAAACCGAAACGUGACAUCCCGUUGGCCAUCAUACUGUCGUUGACCAUCAUAACAUUUGCUUAUUGCUGUAUCAGCUCGGUUUUAACUCUGAUGUGGCCGUAUUAUGAUCAGGACAUCGACGCGCCGUUCCCGUACGUCUACGAUCAACUUGGUUGGACGACGUUGAAAAUGAUUGUUUCAUCCGGUGCUAUAUUUGCUAUGUUUGCCAGUCUCUUAGCGAGCAUGUUCUCGAUGCCGAGGAUUCUGAUGACCAUGGCCCAAGACGGUCUCAUGUUCAACAUGUUUUCCAUCAUUCACCCUAAGUUUAAAACACCCGUGUUGGCUACUCUGAUGGCGGGUCUGUUUGCCGGUAUAAUCACGGCGCUUUUGAACCUUGAUCAACUGAUGAAUAUGAUGUCGAUCGGUACGUUGUUGGCGUACACGAUCGUGUGCAUUUGCGUGCUGAUGUUACGGUACAGAAACGAUCCGGACGGCGACGAGUUGGUAAAAAAACAGGACAUCAACGAACCAGAGACCAGAAGUGAUUUCUUUAAGGCGCAGGUGGAAAAGUACUUUAACCUGUCCAACGUCGAUAACGCCAACAAAGAGACUGAGCGCGUAGCCACGACUAUCACAGUGUUAUACAUUUGCACAUGCGCGCUGUUCAGCUUAGUAACUGUACAACAAGAGUGCGUCGAGACCACCCAUCAAUGGUGUGACGAAAACGACAUCAACGCCACGGACUUCCAACCAGGUUGCGUGGUCAACGUCAACAACUCUACAACUCCUUUCAAACAAGCUUGCGUUGCCAACAGCUUCGCAAAGUGCAUGAGCGUCAUCUUAGCUAUAGGGCUGUUGUUUCUGUUAUUGUUACUAACCAGACAGCCUCAAUCGAACAAAAAACUUUCGUUCAAGGUCCCACUGGUUCCACUCAUACCAUGCGUUAGCAUCUUGAUGAACAUUUACUUGAUGAUGAAACUCGACAUAAUCACCUGGAUCCGUUUCAGUAUUUGGUUAACGAUCGGACUAUUCAUAUACGCAUUCUAUGGUAUGAAUAACAGUACUGAAGGUCUGAAGCAGAAAAUAGAACAGAGAAGUAGUCGGUCGAGCUCUGCUGAACCCAUACACCAGAUUUCUUCCGUCAACUUAUAGUUAUAUAUUCUCCUCUGGAUCUUCCCUAACCUUGUCUAAAACUAAGAGCUAUUGCGUGCCUAUCCUAAAGUCUGGUGAUCCUCACAAUGUUCUUAACUACCCUUCCAUCACAAUCUUACCCUACAGUUCCAUGCUUUUGGAAUUCAGCAUCCCUUCAAUCACAUUCUAGUUAAAGAGCAACAUGGCUUCCGGCCUGGAACUACUUAUUGUAAUAUUUUUUCACCACUCAUAUUUUUCAGUCGUUUAGAAUUCAUUUUCAAGUGAAUUUCGUGUACACAGAUUCCUUUAAUGCGUUAGACUGAGUGAUUUAUGUCUGUCUGGUAAAAACUCUCGAUCUCUUGAGAAUUUGUGAUCCAUUUGUAUUGGUUACGUUCCUUCCUUGGUGGCCACCAUCAUUAUGUCGCCAUUCAUGUUGUUCACUCUCUCAGUUUUUCACCCAACUCUGAUGUUCCUCAGGGCGCAGUUUCUUCACUGCUACUAUUUGAGCUCUUAUUAAAUUAUACCCAUUCUAUUCUUCUGCAUUCUAAUCACCUCGUUUUUGCUUAUACAAUAAAAACACGUGUACCUAUGCGUGGUAAUUAUACAUUUAUACAUAAUAUGACUGUUUUCUUUUGCAAUCCAACUUAAUGUGAUAGAUAUCAUGCGAUGGUCUGACAAAAACUAAUUCGAUCUAUGCCCUAUUCUAUUAACAAUAGCAAAAUUAUUACUUAUAAUAGUAUAAAUUAACUAUAAAAUAUAAAAUAUCCUUACAAAUAGAUGAGAUGAUGUAUAGCCGCUGAGAAUCGUUUUUUGUAUUCAAUAAUUUAUCAUUAAAUUAUAUAUUAACACAUCGGUUACAGUGACCUAUUCGAUGAUGAUAAUAUGUAGGUACACUGGAAAUCAGCAGAGCCGAUUCCCUUGUAUUUAUUUUUUCAUAAUAUUUUGAUAUACUUACAUUUUUACAAAUAUUAUUAACUUCAUUUUUUGUACAUUAUAAAAUAUAUUUUAUA